CAAGACCCUGUCUCAAAAAAAAAAAAAAAGGCAAAGAAAGAAAGAAACACAUGAACAUGUGAGAGCUGGGACUGGUCAGUACCUGAUACCUAAAAAUUAAGGAACGAAUAUGAGAUUUUACAAAAAGAGGUGGGAAGGAACCAAAAAUCAACUGCUUUUGCAGUUUUCCUAAGGCCUGGAGGUGGCACUUGCAGGUACCAUUGAAAUUCACAGUUUCAGCUGCCCUAAAAAUGUAAUGCUUUGGUCAUGAUACAUAGGGUGUUUUUAGUGUUCCGUAACUAGGUCUCCACCCAAACCCUGAAAUUUGUCUUUGAUUUGUAUUAAAUCAAUGAAAAAAGUGUUUUGUGAUCAUGACUUUUUAAAUAAGAUUUCUGUUCAUUACAUGUAAAUAACUUACAGCAGAAGUGCUCCUGACUUUAACUGAUAAAGGAACAAGUUCUGUGUCAAAAAUCACAUAAGCUUUUUUUAAAAAAUAAGCUUAUAAUUUCAGGUAGGUUUAGGCCUGCUAGAAUGUAACAAAAGCUUAUUGCCACCCACUUCAUAUUCUUUCUUUUUCUCUCUUUAUUUCCUUGUACGUUCCUGAGACUAUUCAAAUACAAAAGCACAUUCUCCUCUUCUGUCUUUCUUUACCUAAAGCCAACUGUCAAGUCUAUUCGGCCUCAGAGUAUGUUAUAGAGCCAUGAAUUAAAGGUAAUUAUUGAUUUACCAAAUGGAAAAAAAUAAGUUUAAUGGUAAUCAAAUAGAAUAAUAUGAUUUAUUUAAAUAGGAUAAUAAUAUUUGUUCACUAUAGUUAUAAUUAAAACUACCAUUUAUUGAGCAUUUACCAUGUGUCAGAUAAAUAUUAUCUCUCAGUUCUUCAACAAUUCAAUUGAAGUUGGUAUGAUUUUCCCUCUUUUACAGAUGGUUUAGAGAAGUUAAAACAUAUGCUCAAAAUCAUACAUUUAACAGUGUGUGGCAAAGUUUUCAGAUGCUUCAAGUGUUGUGAACAGAGACUUGUUUGGAUUAUGCGUUUCUCAGCUAGACUAAAUAAAUGCUAGCAAUGGAUAAGUGCAAACAUGUUGGGGAACUGCAGCUUGCUCAAGACCAUUCCAGCCUCAACCCUCAGAAAUGGCACUGUGUGGACUGCAACACAACUGAGUCCAUUUGGGCUUGCCUUAGCUGCUCCUAUGUGGCCUGUGGAAGAUAUAUCAAAGAGCAUGCACUCAAGCACUUUCAAGAAAGCAGUCAUCCUGUUGCAUUGGAGGUGAAUGAGAUGUAUGUUUUUUGUUACCUUUGUGAUGAUUAUGUUCUGAAUGAUAAUGCAACUGGAGACCUGAAGUUACUACGAAGUACAUUAAGUGCCAUCAAAAGUCAAAAUGAUCACUGCACAACUCGUAGUGGGAGGUUUGUACGGUCCGUGGGUACAAGUGAUUAUUCUUAUUUCUUACAUGACAGUGCCCAAUCUCUGCUUCAAAAUGAAGAUCAAAUGUAUACUGCUCUUUGGCACAGGAGAAGAAUACUAAUGGGCAAAAUCUUUCGAACAUGGUUUGAACAAUCACCCAUUGGAAGAAAAAAGCAAGAAGAACCAUUUCAGGAAAAAAUAGUAGUAAAAAGAGAAGUAAAGAAAAGACGGCAAGAAUUGGAGUAUCAAGUUAAAGCAGAAUUGGAAAGUAUGCCUCCAAGAAAGAGUUUACGUUUACAAGGGUUCGCUCAGUCGACCAUAAUAGAAAUAGUCUCUGUUCAGGUGCCAGCACAAACGCCAUCAUCACCUGCAAAAGAUAAAGUACUCUCUACCUCAGAAAAUGAAAGAUCUCAAAAAGUCAGUGACUCCUCAGUUAAGCGAAGGCCAAUAGUAACUCCUGGUGUAACCGGAUUGAGAAAUUUGGGAAAUACUUGCUAUAUGAAUUCUGUUCUUCAGGUGUUGAGUCAUUUACUUAUUUUUCGACAAUGUUUUUUAAAGCUUGAUCUGAACCAAUCGCUGGCUAUGACUGCUAGCGAAAAGACAAGAUCUUCUUGUAAGCAUCCACCAGUCACAGAUACGGUAGUAUAUCAAAUGAAUGAAUGUCAGGAAAAAGAUACAGGUUUUGUUCGCUCCAGACAAUCAAGUCUGUCAUCAGGACUAAGUGGUGGAGCAUCAAAAAGUAGAAAGAUGGAACUUAUUCAGCCGAAGGAGCCAACUUCACAGUACAUUUCUCUUUGUCAUGAAUUGCAUACUUUGUUCCAAGUCAUGUGGUCUGGAAAGUGGGCGUUGGUCUCACCAUUUGCUAUGCUACACUCGGUGUGGAGACUCAUUCCUGCCUUUCGUGGUUAUGCCCAACAAGACGCUCAGGAAUUUCUUUGUGAACUUUUAGAUAAAAUACAACGUGAAUUAGAGAUAACUGGUACCAGUUUACCAGCUCUUAUCCCCACUUCUCAAAGGAAACUCAUCAAACAAGUUCUGAAUGUUGUAAAUAACAUUUUUCACGGACAACUUCUUAGUCAGGUUACAUGUCUUGCAUGUGACAACAAAUCAAAUACCAUAGAACCUUUCUGGGACUUGUCAUUGGAGUUUCCAGAAAGAUAUCAAUGCAGUGGAAAAGAUAUUGCUUCCCAGCCAUGUCUGGUUACUGAAAUGUUGGCCAAAUUUACAGAAACUGAAGCUUUAGGAGGAAAAAUCUACGUAUGUGACCAGUGUAACUCAAAGCGUAGAAGGUUUUCCUCCAAACCCGUUGUACUCACAGAAGCCCAGAAACAACUUAUGAUAUGCCACCUACCUCAGGUUCUCAGACUGCACCUCAAACGAUUCAGGUGGUCAGGACGUAAUAACCGAGAGAAGAUUGGUGUUCAUGUUGGCUUUGAGGAAAUCUUAAACAUGGAGCCCUAUUGCUGCAGGGAGACCCUGAAAUCCCUCAGACCAGAAUGCUUUAUCUAUGACUUGUCUGCAGUGGUGAUGCACCAUGGGAAAGGAUUUGGCUCAGGGCACUACACUGCCUACUGCUAUAAUUCUGAAGGAGGGUUCUGGGUACACUGCAAUGAUUCCAAGCUAAGCAUGUGCACCAUGGAUGAAGUAUGCAAGGCUCAAGCUUAUAUCUUGUUUUAUACCCAACGAGUUACUGAGAAUGGACAUGCUAAACUUUUGCCUCCAGAGCUCCUGUUGGGGAGCCAACAUCCCAAUGAAGAUGCUGAUACCUCGUCUAAUGAAAUCCUUAGCUGAUCCAAAGACAAUGGGGUUUUCUUCCUGUGAUUUAUAUAUACUUUUUAAAAGACUGAUGUACCAUUUUAAACUUCAUUGUUGUUUUCUUAUGAAUCAGUGUACACUACAUGUAUCCAUUUUAUAUCUAGCUACAAUUUUUUUUUUUUUUUUUUACAAAGUAUAAAUGUGUGUAUCAACUGAAGGUAACUACUUUCUUCAAAUAUUUGGAGUUUUAAUCUUUUGGUGUUUACCUCAGACUGUUACCUCUUUUAUAUUUUUAUGUCUUAAUUGGCUCAGAUCAUGAACUUGUGCAAUCUUCUACCAACAAAGUUCAAGUGGCAUCAUUUUAUAUACAUGUAUCUUUUUCAGGUAUUUUCUAUACAAAUUCUUAAUAGAUGAAAAUUAGACUCUACUUUGGUCACUAAUAAUCUUUCAUUUGUAUAUUGAAGUUACCUUGCCCCUUGGAGUUAUUGAAGUGACAUGUCAAGGUAUCACCUAAAUAUUCUUCAGUUACACUCACUGGUAUUUCUGAGGCUUUGUGUGUUAACAGGCCUUGUAAUAGACAUUAUUUUGGUUAAUGUAACCCCAAAAUUGUUUUAGUAAUUGCUAUUUGGCAUAGUCAAACUAUAAAUGAAAAUGGCAGCUUUACAAAUAGUAUAUUUAAGUGAACUCUGGAACUAUGGACAUGAAAAAAUGAUGGCUGGGAUUUAUGAUUUUUGUCUGGCAGCAAACAGGUUUGUCCAGAAGUCUAAUAAUUAAGCAGUCAUAAAAAGUCUGAAUUUAGCAAACCAGUGUAUGAUGUUAUUCAAAUCGUUUACCUUGGGUAUGAGUUCAUUUUAUAAUGUCUGAUGACAUUAGAUCUCUUAAAACUUUAUAUUUUUUAGUUCAAAGGAAUAAAGAGUCUUGAAGAGAAAAAAUUAUAGGGCAGAAAAGGUAAGUGUUCAAAAUUGGCAACCGGACUAUUAUGUCUAGCAUCUCAUUCUCCUAAAUAACUAAAGCUUGAUUUACUCUUGCUAGGAUUAUGUGACUGCUAGUUAGGAGCCUCUUAAAACACUGGCCCUGAGCAUUAAAAAAAAAAAAAAAAAUUAAAAGCUAUCUAAACUUGCAAAAAAAAAAAUAUACAGUGUGAGUCACUCUUUUUGUUCUUCUCUGAUAAUCUCACUGGACUUCUUUAAAGUCCUGUUGCUGCUAACUUUAUCUUAUUCGGAGAGGGCAGAAUCAACUAAUCUCUGUAGACCAGCUAUGUAAGCUUUGUUAACCACAGGAAGAUCGUGUAUUCUUUUUUAAUAAGUGGGUUUAUUUGCAGGUUGAAGUCAUAUUGAAAGAUAAUAUUCUGUCGAAUGCUGUUCACCACUAGUGAUCAUCUGUAAGUACAAACUUGAAAGAGAUCUCUACUAGUAAAUUUUCUUAAAUUUCACAAAACAAGUCAUCUGGGUUAGCUGAUAGUGAAAUGCAAUGAGACUUUUAUCACUGAACAGACAAAUCAUUUGUGCCAAAAAUACAUCUGGAAUAUUAAAUGGCUAUGUUUAAAAUUGUUCAUAAUACCUAUGCAAGUUGUUACCUCAACUGUUACGCACUCAAUACCUCAUUAAAAAUUUACGUGGUCAAGA